UUGGAGGUCAGGAAGUAAUUUUCUACAGAGGAUCUAGCUGCUGUUACCAUUGUGAAAAUGCCGGUGUGUUGUGUAGUUUACGGUUGUUCCAAUCGAUCCGGCCGAGAGAAAAACAAGAGGUUUUACCGAGUGCCGAAGGUUGUCGUCCAUAAAGCUGAGCAAUUUAAGAAGCUAACCGAAGAACGCCGGAAAAAAUGGCUUUCAAACCUACAUCUGCGGUCGGGAGGAGCAGAGUCGUCUAAUGCACGGGUCUGCAGCGACCACUUCAUCAGAGGGUGCCCUAGCGCUUUGGGUGACGUUGAGUCGGUAGACUGGGCUCCCACUGUUAGCCUCGGUUACCACACAACAAGUAAGCCCAGAUCAGAGGCAUCUCUUCGACGAGAGCAGAGGAUGGAGCUCAAGGAAGACCAACAAAGACAAUCAGAAUGUGCAGAGGCUUUGUUGGAUCUCCUGCAGACAACCGAGAGCCCAGAACCGACGCAGCCCCCGUCUGACAGCCCACAACCAGAGGACACCAGUGGGAUAUUAAAUGACCAACAAGAUGCAGGAUGCCAGACUGAUUUAAUGAUGGAGGACAUCGAGAGGAUGGAGGAUGUUCUGAGACAGAACACAACAGAGCUGGGAGAUCUUCGGACAAAGGCACUGGACACAAAGUUCAACCAGGAGUCCUUUGAGAACAACGAAGAGAAAACAAAGUUUUACACCGGGCUCCCCAACUUCUUAGUUUUACUUCAGGUUUUUCAACUGUGCGAGCCCUACAGCACCUGUGGCCCUAUGCUUAAUUCAUUCAACAAUAGAGAUGUCAUCUAG